UGGCUGCUACCUGUCCCUGUGUCACGGCUCCCCAGCUCCUCCAUCUCUGUGACACUGUGCAAUGGAGCCAUCCUGGGACACAACCAUGGCAGGUGUCAAUGUCACAGGGCAGUCAUGCUGCUGUACACAUCUGGGAACAUCAGUGUCCAGCAGAGAGCCCAGCUGGCUGUGAAUGUGGCAAUGUUCACUAUCAUCCAGGUAUCCCAAGAAGAUGGGGGUGCCUAUGCCUGUGGGAAUAAAUCUGACCCCAGCAGAAACCACCACAUCCAGAGCAUUCAGUUUUACUUCUGGAGAGACUGGGAGCUGGUAGGGGUUGUAGAGCCAGGAGGCAGUGUGGCCACCUUUGUGCCAGUCCACGUGAUAAGGCAGCAUAGAGGCACCUACCAUCCCUGGCAAAGUCAUACACCUCGGCACAGUCCAGCAGCAUAUGGCAUAGGAGCCCUUGGGGGUUCCCUUUGUUCCCUGUCAUUUUUUUAUCCCUCUUUAGCACAGGAGUUCCCCAGCACGUCCCAGUGUCCACAUCUGUUUGCCCUGGGAGCCCCUUGUAUAUCCAUUUUGUCCUCUUUGGUUCCCUGUUGCCUCCCUGGGAGUCCUUUGCUCUGGGAACUCCCUGGCUCCUCCCAGAGGCCCCCCUUUUUUCACUGGGACCCCAGUGCCAGUGCCUCCGUGCCCUUUAGCUUACACCCAGUACACAUGGCUCUGGGAGAUGCGGUCCUGAUCAUGCUGGGGCUGAUUGUGACUGAGGCCAUGCAAGGCCACAGGCACACCCCAGGACAGCUGCCCCCACCCCGGGGUGGGACACACUCCCCCUGAACCUCAAGGAGAGGCCACCUGGGGUGGAGGGGCCAGCGUGCACCCAGCACAGAGAGACCCCUUUAACUGGUGUCCUCCCAGCUAGGGCCAGUAACACUAGGAUUGAUACUAGGAUUUUCCUUCAGGUUCUUUAUGUUGAAGAAAUAAAUCAGCCCCUCCCCAUUCCGCUGCCUCCCGUGGGAUGG